AUGGCUUCAGGCCACACCUUCAAGUUAAACUCUGGCUAUGAGAUCCCCGCUGUCGGGCUGGGGACCUGGCAAUCGAACAAGAAUGAAGUGCGCGAGGCCGUGAUUGCAGCCCUGAAAGGUGGCUAUCGCCACAUCGAUGCUGCCGCCAUCUACGGCAAUGAACAAGAGGUUGGAGACGGCAUCAAAGCUUCAGGAGUCCCUCGGGAGAAGAUUUUCCUUACCAGCAAGUUGUGGAAUACCCAACAUCAGCCCGAACAUGUCGAAGCCGCCCUAAACCGAUCGCUUGCCGACCUUCAAACAGAUUAUCUGGAUCUUUAUCUGAUCCACUGGCCGGUCGCUUUCCGUCAUUCCACAACCACCAACCAGCCGAUCGUCGAGGAGACGGGGUUGAUCGACGUGAUUGACGUGCCAAUCAAAGAUACAUGGGCGGCGUUGGAGGAUUUGGUGGCCAAGGGGAAGGUUCGCUCCAUUGGAGUGAGCAACUUUACCCGCGAGAAAAUCGAGGAAUUGCUCAAGACAGCCAAAAUCCCUCCUGCUGUGAAUCAGAUCGAGGCACAUCCCUAUCUCCAACAACGGGACCUUCUGGAGUGGUCGAAGCAACAAGGCAUCGUCGUAGCUGGAUACUCUCCCCUCGGAAACAACAUCUAUAAUAUUCCUCGGGCUGUCGAUGACUCUCUAGUCAUUGAAACCGCUAAAAGCCUGGGUAAGACUCCGGCACAGGUAUUGAUUAGCUGGGCGAUUCAGCGCGGCAGCGUUGUGCUACCCAAGUCGGUGACCCCCGAGAGAAUCCAGAGCAACUUUCAAGAUUUUGUGCUCCCCGCCGAGGCAUUCAACGCGAUUCAGAGUCUGGAAAAACAUCAACGCAUGAACUUCCCUGCUCGUCUCGGGGUGGAUAUCUUUGGCGAGGUUGGCGAAGAGAGCGCUCGGAAAAGUGCACUGGCAUGGGCGGAAGAGCAGAAGCGGUUGAAGGCUCAAGCGUGA